AUGUCUGAUGAAUUCCCAAUAACAUUCGACUGUGGACCCGACAGCAAUUUCACUGUUUAUGAAGCUAGCUAUCAAAAUCUCCUGAACUCAUAUUAUUGCGGGGAGAAUUUUGGAGAUCACGAAUUUGACAAAGAAGUCUCGAAAAGUAUUCGGAAGUCAUCUAACUAUACAGACGAUUUCCCGGCAGUACUCGACUGUGGUUCAGGAUACUUCGCGAUUUAUAAAAAUGCAAGUUCUGUUGAAGACUAUUCAGACGCCUACGACUGUGGUAAGGAUGUUCGGGUGGCUUCUCAUUCUGCAGCGCCUGCCAUGCUGAGACGUCAAGGUAAGACUACGCUGGUAGCAUAUGUCUUUGCUAUCCUCAUGCUAUCUGGGUGUGUCUCCGCUUGA